GAUAGCCGAAAGCAAUAUUAUCAUCCAUCAAAGUGAAAAAAAUAAAGAAAGCUAAAUUGAAUUUCCAUUUCAAGUCCGCCUCUCUCGAAUUCUCAGACCGAAAAACCGGCCGCAGAUGCAGCAGCAGCAGCAGCAGCAGCAGAUCCACGAGUGCGCAGGAUAAGGCCCGCCCAGUGCGCACGGUAACCGCCUUCCUGCUGCAUGGGCCAGACCGCUUCAAUCGCCGGGAUCCCAUCGGCCCAGAUCCGCCGCAACAACUCCAAUCCUAUACAUCGUAUGAAGAAUACGAAACCGACGGCCCAGAUCCCCUCAUCCGGUGCAGAAGAUGACCGUUAUUCCAUCUCCAGCGAUGAAGAAGCUGCGGCCGCCGUCGAUUACUGGGAUUUCACAUCCGAUCUCCCCGACGAGUGCCUGGCACACGUGUUCCACUCGCUAGGAUCUGCCGACCGCAAGCGCUGCUCGCUUGUGUGCCACCGAUGGCUAGUGGUGGAGGGCCAGUCCAGGCACCGGCUCUCGCUCGACGCCCGGUCCGAGCUCGCCUUCUCCGUGGAGCCUCUCUUCGCCCGGUUCGACUCCGUUUCGAAGCUCGCCCUGAAAUGCGACCGUCGCUCUGUCAGCAUCGGUGACGAUGACCUCGCCCUCAUCUCCCUCCGCUGCCGUGGCCUGGCCCGCCUCAAGCUUCGAUCUUGCCGUGAGAUCACCCACGCCGGCAUGGCCUCUCUCUCUAUCAAUUGCCCCGAUCUGAAGAAGCUGUCCGUCGGAUCAUGUGCCUUUGGUGCCAAAGGCAUCAACGCCGUCCUUGAUCACGCAUCCGCUCUCGAGGAGCUCUCGAUCAAGCGCCUCCGUGGCCUCACUGAUGGGGCCGCUGCUGAGAUGGUGGUCCCUGGCGCGGCCGCGUCGUCUCUUAAGUCUAUCUGCUUGAAGGAGCUCUACAACGGUCAGUGCUUCGGGCCGCUUAUCAUGGGCGCGAAGAAUUUGAAGACCUUGAAGCUUUUCCGAUGCUCAGGCGACUGGGAUCGGCUCCUGGAAGCCGUUACGGAACAGGGAGCCUCUGUAUUGAUGGAGAUCCAUCUUGAACGGCUCCAGGUCAGUGACCGCGGCCUCUCUGCGAUCUCAAACUGCUCAGAUCUCGAGAUCCUGCACCUUGUGAAGACCCCAGAGUGUACGGAUGCCGGCCUUGUUUCUGUCGCUGACCGCUGCAAGCUCUUACGGAAGCUUCAUAUAGAUGGAUGGAAGACGAACAGGAUUGGGGAUGAAGGGCUGAUUGCAAUUGCAAAGAGAUGCUUGAACCUCCAAGAACUGGUCCUGAUUGGUGUGAACCCGACGUCCUUGAGCUUGGGACUGCUUGCUAGCAACUGCAGGAAUUUGGAGCGGCUGGCACUCUGCGGUAGCGAGACGAUUGGGGAUGCGGAGAUCUCGUGCAUUGCCGCCAAAUGCAUUGCGUUGCGGAAGCUUUGUAUCAAGGGGUGCCCCGUGUCAGACCAUGGGAUGGAAGCGCUCGCAGGUGGGUGCCCUAAUCUGGUGAAGGUGAAGGUCAAGAAGUGCCGGGGAGUGACGUGUGAGGGUGCAGAUUUGUUGAGGGCGAAUAGGGGAUCACUUGCUGUUAACUUGGAUACUGGGGCGAUCGAGCAACAGGAUGGGAGUGCUAGUGAUGGUGGCGUGCCAGAAAUUGGUGGUGAGCAAUUGCCCGUGCUGAUCCCGCAGCCCAUAGCCGUCGGUCUUCCUUCGAGCAGUAGCGGUCGAUCUGCAUUGUCCAAAGCAAAGAUGGGUCUUUUGGCAGGAAGGAAUUUCAUGGCUUGCACUAUCAGGAAGUGGUCUCACAGUAACAGCAACCCCCACACCUCUUAAUAUCAUGGCUUAAAAUCUAAGUUUCGGGGAACGCAUCGGAUGUCUCCUGAUUUGUUUGCUGCAUGUAGGAUGUGAUGAAUUUCAUCAGAAAAUGGAAACAAUGCAUCGGCAGUGAUGCCAUGAAAAUUUCCCUGAAAAUUGGCAAUGCAUGUGCAUAUCCACUUCUUAUCAUUAGGGCAGGAAAUCCGAUGCGUAUUGGAUGUAUUCCUUACACGGAAGAGAUCUUAAGCCAUGCACAAUGUGAGCUGAAAUGGGCUAAAGAAGACUUGCUUUGUUUAGAUUAUUUUGCUUCAUAUCGUCUGUGAGAUGCUUGAUUUUCUUCCUGGCUCUAAGCUUGCGUGUUGUUGUUUUAUUGCCUGUAGAAUUGAAUCAUUUGAUGAUCCCACUGUUGGAAAUGUCAACGACAAGAAAUUUUCUGUUA